CUGCCCCCACGCGGUGCCCUUCGGAAUUCUUCCCCUGUAGGGUGUUCGCGGCUGGUGUCCGGAACUUUGUUCGCGGGCGCCGGGGCGGGCGGAAGGUUUUUCCACACGGACCAGACCAGGCUGUGCCGGGAGCGGGAGUUAUGCUGGGCUGGGGGCGGCUGCUGUGCCGGGCGGGGCUGCGCCUGCUGGCGGGAGGUCCGGGCGGCCCAGUGGAGGCGGCAGCCGCUAUCGGGAACAGGGGACCCUGGUGCUUUAUAGUCAGGCAUAUUAAUAGCGCCACCUGGUGGGAUGAACAUCUUUCUGAAGAGAACACCCAGUUCCUUAAGCAGUUAACAGCAGAAGAAUACAGAGCUCAAACAGCCAGUAAACUGUGUCCACUGAAAGAUGAGCCCUGGCCACUGCACUCAUGGGAACCAGGUUCCCGCAGAGUUGGCCUUGUUGCAGUAAAGUUGGGAAUGGUUCCGUUAUGGACCAAGAAUGGUGAAAGACAUGCUGUCACAUUACUUCAGGUGAAAGACUGCCAUGUUUUAAAGUACACACCAAAGGAGGAGUAUAAUGGAAAAACAGCUACCCUAAUCGUUGGAGGGAAAAAUUCAUCUCCUUUUUAUAAACCAGAGUCAGCAUUGGAAGUUUUCAGGGAAGCAGGAGUACCACCAAAGCAGAAAACUACAAUAUUUAAGGUGUCAGAUAAUGCUAUAAUUAAGCCAGGUACACCUCUGUAUGCAGCUCACUUCCGUCCAGGGCAGUUUGUGGAUGUCACUGCCAAAACAAUUGGUAAAGGAUUUCAAGGAGUCAUGAAAAGAUGGGGAUUUAAAGGCCAGCCGGCCAGCCAUGGCCAAACUAAAACACACAGAAGACCUGGGGCAAUAUCCAACACUAAUGCUGGCAAAGUUUUCCGUGGAACAAAAAUGCCUGGGAAAAUGGGUAAUGUCUACAGGACCGCUUUUGGAUUAAAGGUGUGGAGGAUCAACACAAAGCACAACAUUAUUUAUGUAAAUGGUUCUGUCCCAGGUCACAAAAAUUGUUUGGUAAAGGUCAGAGAUACAAAUUUACCUACUUACAGAGACUGCAAUAAAAAUGCUCCAUUCCCCACAUUUUUUGCUGAUGGAGAAGAAAAGCUGCCAGAAGACUUGUAUGAUCAGGAAGUUUUCCAGUUCACUGAUCCCUCAGUCACAUAUGUUUAGUGUUAUUGACAUCUUUAAGAACGUGCAGCUUUCACAUUAUUUCUGUGAACUUUCCAAUGCUGAACAAUUACAAACCCAGAUACUGCACUCUAGUUGAAUGACCUGAACUCGUCAAACAUUGUGGGUUUUUUUUUUCAGGGAGCAAGAUUUACCACAAUCUGUUCCAAACCGUAUUAAAACAGUGAGUGGUGGUAAGUUGGUGUGUCUGAGGGAAGGGUUUCAAAGUAAUGGGUUUAUUGCUGACUUUUUACAUUACAAAAUUGCUUCUUGUAACUUUUUCCCUCUCACAGACUGCUAAGAUUUCUUUAAAUCCAUUGUCUUGGAAUUGCGUGCAUCAGUUACGUGAUUGAUGAAGUUGAGACUAUUAACAGAACAAAAUGUAUAGUUGUUUUUUUCCCCUAAGGGAUAUGUACUGAUUAACUUUGACUGACAGAAAAUAAAGGUUUAUUAAAUAUC